AUGAUGAGGAUACUCAAAGGACUACCUCCUCACUUUGAGAUGCUGAAGGUGGUGUUGAACAACCAGUCAUCAUCGCUCACUAAGGAUCAGCUGCUUACCUCCUUGAGGAGCGAGGAGAUGCGGAUUGGUGUCGCACCAAGAUCGGAUGGUGUAGCCACAUUUGGAGCGGGUACGAAAGUGGGCAGCAGCGGCAGGGGAAAUUGGGUCAAGGGAGGAAAGCAUGGAGACAGCGGUAGCAGCAGUGACACCAACUCGGGCAGAUGGGGUCAAGGGAAAGGCAAAGCGGGAGUGCUUGAUUUCCCUUGGGGGUCCAAGGGCAUGGCUCCUCGGGGGUUGUGUCAUGGCUGUUGGGAUGAGGGACAUGCAUGGCAGCGAUGUCCUCAUCGACCUAAGGGAGGCAUUCCGGCAUUCUUACAGCGGGGGGGUCGUGGGUCCAACGGCAAGGCACAGGUGGCGGAUGAGGAGGAGCAGGAUGACAAGGCAGAGGCAGUGGUUGGAGAAGCAGUUGCAGCAGUGGGAGAGGAGCAGCCGCGAGAGGGGUGGUGGAUUGACAGUGGGGCCAGCCACAACUUUACUCCUUAUGCAUCGGACUUCAAAAGUAAGCUUCAACCACCAGAGGUUCGGGGAGUUAGAUUGGGAGAUGGACGGGUGGUGAAAGCUGUUGGCAUGGGUGAGGUGCCAGUGGUUGGUGCUAGAGGUCAGCUGCUGAGGAUUCAAAAGGUCCACCUUGUGCCUGAGAUGCACACGCGUCUGCUGUCAGUCCCACACCUCACCUCUCGAGAUGUCAUUGUCACAUUCAAAGGCAAGAGAUGUGUCAUUCAACGGGGGGAGCGGGUGUUGGCGAUUGGAGAAAAGGAGAGGGGAAGGGACCAUGGAUUGGUGCGGAUGUUUCUUCCUCUUGCUCAGGGCACACAGGGCAGUGCUCUUGCAGCUAAGUCGUCCUCCUCAUUUUCCCCAUUGACCCUUGCCCAUCGCCGCCUUGGUCAUACCGCCCCCACAACAUUGCAACAGAUGGCUCGGGGGAACAGUGUACUGGGCUUGGAGAUUGGGGGGGGGAACACUGAUUGUUCCCCAUGUGAGCCCUGCUUAUUGGGAAAGUCGGCUCGGAAGCCGUUUCCCCAUGAGGCGUCUCGGGCACUUGGGCCUUUGGAUGAGGUCCACAUGGAUUUGUGGGGGCCGGUGCGCACACCAUCACUGGGAGGAGCGGUGUAUGUCCUCAGUCUCAUUGACGACUUCACCAGACGAGUUUGGGUCACCCACAGUGCUUUGCCUGCCUCCAUCACACCAAUGGAGGCGUGGUCCGGCCAGAAGCCGCAUGUGGGCAUGGCUCGGAUUUGGGGUUGCAUGGGGAGUGUCAUGUUGCAUGGGCAUGAGAAGGGUGGCAAGCUUGAUGCACGGGCUGUCAUGUGUGUCUGUGUUGGGGUGGACAUGGAGAGCAAGGGUUGGCGCAUGCUGGACCCUUCUAUCAUGCGCAUUCGCAUUGCUCGGGAUGUUGAUUUCCUUGAGAAUGUGAUGUGGAAGGAUUGGGACAAGGCAAAGGAAUUUGGGGAGCUUCUGCAGGAUGCAGCUGCAAUUUCCCAACUCCUCCCUCUUCCACUCUCGCCACCCUCAGCAACGGCUGACGACGUUGAGAUGCCACUUUCACCACUGCCACCGGCACCGCUGAGUGUGUCGGUGCAGCAGCAGCCCACCCCUCUGCAGCAGCUCAGUGGCCUCUCGGUCAUUCAGCGGAGAUCCGCUACACAGGCUACUUCCUCUUCCUCCUCCUCUGGUCAGCGCUCUAUCCCUCUCUCUACGGGUGCCCCUCCGUCACCAGCGACUACCUCCCCACCACCGGUUACGGGUUUGCAGGUGCUUGGUAUCCAGUCUGGUACAGGUGGUGAGGAGGUAGGGGGGGAUGCUGGUGUGGUUGAGGGCAUGCUAUGUUUGGCGAGGGAGGUGGAAGGUGUUGCACUGGCAGGUGUGAGCACAGGUCAAGGAGGUGCUUGCUCAGAGGUACCAGAUGAAGGAUCUAGGAAUGGUACUUGGUCAACUGAGGAAGGUGUUGCAGCUGAUGUCAAGGUGUACCAGAGUCUCAUUGGCAGCUUGAUGUAUGCUGCUGUGACCACCCGUCCUGACAUGUCUUUCACUGUCAACACCCUUGCACAGUCCUGCGUGGCACCAAGACGCAUUCACAUGCGCGCUGCACUGAGAGCACUCAGCUUGCAGCUGCAUGAGAACCUGGAGCGCAUCGGCAUGCGAGUGAUUGCUGCGAAGGCCAAGGCUUCAUUCGCUGGAGGGGUUGUAUUUUGA